AUGAAAUUAAUUCUUCCACAUCUCGCUAUUGCGCUCUUGGGCGUUGUAACGCCAGCACUUGCUGUGAUGUAUGACUGUUCUGGGGUCUUGAUUGACGGGUCUGACGUGGCGGCACAAAUGGAAAUAUGGACCCGACAAUUUAAAUCAUUUACAUCCACACUUGAAGAUGGUACAAAUAAAAGCUACAAAUACUUCAAAAUCUCUCCCAGACGUCAUUUUACUGAAAUCAAAACAGAAUAUCGUUGUUUUAUUGACACAGAUGAUCCCAAACCCGAUGUGCGGGAAUGGAACGGAGAAACAUGGGCGCCGUGUACUCGUCAAUCACAGGAUUAA